CUGUCACUGUCAAAAUAUAAUUAUUUUAUCUCGAAGUUGGAGCUGCAAAGAAUUUUACCCGGUUUAUUUAUGUUUAAUUUAGAAAAAUGGGUGUGAUUUUAAAAUAUGUGGUAGCCGGCUUAUUACGGUAUUGGUUAAUUAAUUUGGAUUAUUGGCAAACGAUAGCGAACAGAGUGGAAAUUGCAACGCCUCUGAACUCAUGGAAGAGGUUAAUAGAAGGCGUUUAUUUAUAUGAUCACAACAUAAACCCUUACGAAGGAGAUUCGUUUCAUGAAUCGCCUAUAAUGCUAGUCUUUUUCUACUAUAUCAUGAAACACGUGCCAUUUAUAUUACCAGUCUUAUUCACAUUGUUGGACCUCCUGACUGCUCAUCUUCUAUACAAAACUUCUAAGGCCUUUAUACGGAUUUUGAAAGAAUCCCAAGAGAAGCAAUUAGCUGAAGUUGCUGAUGAGUCUAAACCUAUGCUUUUGGAUGAUGCUCAACUGAAGGAAUCUGCAGAAUAUGUGUUAUCUGUCUACUUGUUCAACCCAUAUUCUGUUUUGAACUGUGCUGGUAUGACUACAACAGUUAUACAGAACUUGUUGGUGGCUACGGCCCUGUGGGGGGCUUCAAGUGGGCAGAGAAUUAUUGCUUGUGUGUUUAUUGCAUUAGCUACACACCAGGCCCUGUACCCAGUUCUGCUAAUUGUACCAGUUGCCUUAAUAUUGGCUGAAGUCAACAAAGGGUGCACCAAAUGUUCUUAUAUUAGAACAUUACUUGUGUUUGUGCUAAGCUGGGGAUUCCUCAUUUAUUUGUCAGCAUACAUUAUGGAUGGUUCUUACAAAUAUGUCUACAACACCUAUGGAUUUAUAUUGACUGUUCCUGACCUGAAGCCAAACAUUGGAUUGUUCUGGUAUUUCUUUACAGAAAUGUUUGAACAUUUCCGAGUGCUGUUUGUAUGUGCAUUCCAAAUCAAUGCUCUGGCCUUGUAUGUGGUUCCUCUUACACUAAGAUUCAAGAAAGACCCAAUACUAUUGGCCACAGUGCUUAUUGCACUCUCAAGUAUAUUCAGAUCCUACCCAUGUGUGGGUGAUGUUGGCUUCUAUUUAGCUUUACUGCCAAUGUGGAAACACUUAUUCACAUUCAUGCAGCAGAAAUUCAUAGUGGGCUGCACAUUCAUCAUUACUUCAGCUCUUGGACCAACAGUGUGGCACCUGUGGAUAUACUCCGGAUCAGCGAAUGCUAACUUUUUCUUUGGAGUUACUCUCUCCUUUGCUACUGCCCAAAUAUUCCUUAUCACAGACUUACUGUUCGCAUAUAUUAAGAGAGAGUUUACCUUAAAGCAUGGAUCAUCAAGACAAGUGGAUGGAAAGCCGGCCAAAUUGGUACUUCGAUAAUAAUAUGUACUGGAACGUUUUAAUACAUCUUUCAGUUAAUAUUUACUAUUGCUGUUAGUUAAUUACUUAUUUCACGUCCAUAUUCUUAAUUCUUGCUUAACAUGGAUUAUGAAGAGAUUAUUUGUAUACAAACCUUUUUGUUCUUAAUCCAUCAAACUAAUUAUAGACUGUAUUUAGUGAGUUUAUAUUAAAACAUUCACAUGUUAAUUAUUAAUGAAUGAAUAGUAUUGUUUGUACAUUCAUCCAAUAGAGACUGUUUCAUGCUAGAACAAACAUUUUCUAUUGUAAGGUUAGUCUAUAAAUUAAUUUUAGAUAUUUUAUAUGACUGCAAUGUUAAGAUAUUAACAGAUGUAUGCCAGUAUGGGGCAUUAUGAUAACACUGGCAGCAAUUGUAAAAAAGCAAAAAGUUGUGUUAUAAGGGUUUUUUGGAACCUAAAAGCAAACAAUGACAAUUAUCUUAAUUUUUAUUAUUGGUUUGUUAUUUAAUUAAAUUUUUGUUAUUGUUGUUCAACCACAACUGAAAAUAUCUUUGGCAUUUAGUAGUAUAAAAAUAGGAGAAACUUGAUGAUAUUUGCUGACAAAGUGGUUGCCAAAAUCUGUGUAUCCAAAACCCUUAUACUGAAACUAUAAAUUAAUUGAAGAUAUGUUUGCACCUUAGAAUUAAUUUCACCUUGGUUUGUAUAGAAUGUUGAUGAAGAAAGUUGUGUUUAUUUUUAUGUCACUUUUUGCUGCUAUGUACAGGGAACUGACGGGAUUUGUGAGGAAAACAUUCCUCAUCUUUUACUUACAAUAUAAUAUUUAUUUAAGUUUGUUUCUUUUUAUUAUAUAUUUCAUUGAGAUAAAUAUGGGAACAAUUUUGUUUUGCCUACAUAAGUAUUUGUAUAUUUGGUUGUGUUUUUACUUGUAAAAGUUACAUCACAAAUGUUAUUGACACCUUUGCAUUUAAAGUAUCGUACAAUUAAUAAUAUUAUUAUUUAUUUUAAAACACUACUGUUCAUUUAAUUUGUUCUUGAUAUCUAAUAAUUUAAUUUGAAUACCAAAUAUGUAAAGAAGGAAUUUAGUUUUUUUGAAACUAGAAUAAUUUUGUACAGAUGGAUCGUCAAUAAAAGGUAAAUUAUUUUUAUAA